GCGACAAAUGAACGAAAACAGAAGCCGAAUGACGAUUGUCAGUCUCGUUGAAUUGUAUUGUAAGAAAAGGAAGUGUUCGUCCAAAUGUGGACGUGUUACGGUGAGGAUUGUUGAUUUUCAUUUAAUUUGUCUAUUAUUAUAUUUCUUUCCUUUUUUUAAAUUAAGUGGAAAAGUGAUUUUCCCUACUCGUCUUUUUUUUUUUCGAGGGCAAUACUAAAAAAAAGAUUUUAAGUUUAGCUCACGCUUUAUUAAAUUUUCCCCGAUGUAAAUUGAAUUGUACACACUUAUACAGCUUAUUAUCACUAUUAUUAUACUAUUAUCAUGCUAAAAACAAGAGAGCAUGUAUAAUAGUCUUGGUAAUUUUAUAUGGAACUCCCAGCCUAAUAUUCGUUUUAUAUAAUUAUAAUAAAGUGUGUAUGUGUUAUUACUACUAUUAUUAUUAUUAUCAUCAUGUCGUCAUUGUUAAGUAAUCAGUUUAUUCUCAUUUUUUAUCAUUAUUUUUAUUGUUUAUUUCGUUCUUUCGUUUUGUAAAUAUUUGCAAUUAUCGUAGGAACUCUUAAUUUAAACGUUUUAUGUAUUUGAGUGUCAAAAAGUAAACAUUAAAAUAAAUCUUCUGCAUUUUCAAUUAAUUUUACUGUCUUUUAUUUCGAAUCGUAACCAAAAAUGAUUAUUUAGAUCAAUAUUGUAAUUCCUAUUUUUAACGUCUUUGUGAAAGGACAUAUAAAUUGAUUCACCCUGUAUAUGAUGAUUAUAAUUAUUGUAUUCUAACGAUUAAUUUAUUGACCCGCGUCAUAAUUCUAAUUUAACAGUCGUACCAGUUACUAUCAUGUCUUUAAACAUAUUCAAUAAAGACAACAGAAAAUGUUUCUUUAUUGCUGAGAUCGGCCAAAAUCAUCAGGGAUCCAUAAAUAUUGCAAAAGAGUUAAUAAAAAAAGCAAAGGAAUGCGGAGCAGACUGUGUUAAAUUUCAAAAGACAUGUUUGCUAGAGAAAUUCAACAGAGCAGCUCUAAAUCAGCCCUACAAUAAUAGAAAUUCGUGGGGGAAGACUUACGGUGAACAUAAAGCAUUUUUAGAAUUUUCAGAGGACGAGUUUCUUGAACUUAAACAAUGUGCUGACGAAAAUAAUAUUUUAUUCACAGCUUCCGCAAUGGAUUUAGUUUCGUUACAUUAUUUAAAUAGCAUUGAAGUUCCGUUUAUAAAAAUCGGGUCUGGAGAUGCUAACAAUUUUAUUUUGAUAGAGGAGGCCGCCAAAUUAAAUAAACCUUUAAUUAUAUCAACAGGUAUGCAAGAUUCGAUAACUGUUGACAAAAUAUACAAAAUAGUUUCCGAAUAUCAUNGAAAAUGCUUUUACAUUAACAUUGUAUUUAUUGAUUAG